GCCGCCAGAAUUGCAAUGAGAGAAUCAUGUGAAAAAUGAGGAUAAAAUUUAAAAUAGAGUUGAAAUAAACUAAAUUACAUCUUCAUCUAUAACGAAAAGAAUUAAAAAUUCAUCAUUUAUUUGUAAAAAAUCGUCUCUUUCUUCCCGUUUCAUUCACCGCAUGAGUUUGUGUUGAUUGACAGGCGAAAUGUCAUUUGUUUUUGUUAUUGUGUGCGAACCAAAACAAUUAGGCCAAUAUAUGCAAGUAUUGUUGUGUCAAUGUAUGGGUGAUGCGUGUGUAUGUGUACGUGAGCGUGUGUCUUGAUUCGCAUUGAAUACAAGCGAUAGAAGGUAUAUAUUGAAUACGAAGACUACAACGACGAGUAGAGAAAAAAGAAAUGUGAAAAAGAAGCAGGCACCUUGUCGUUGUUCUGUGGGACAAAACAUUUGUAAACAUAGUGAAUGAAGCGUCUGCUCACUUGUGACUGUGUACGUGAUUCAUUCGCGUAACGAAACGGCGACACUAAAUUGCUGCUAUUGUCUCUAACAACGAAUGUAUUUGCCGCAAAAAAGUCCCAGUGGUAAAACGCAUGGUUUGUCUCAGUAUCGUGUUGAAUUGUGCGUAAAAUUUUUCGGAAAUUUUAAUAAAUACCAUUUUAUCUUCACGUCAAGUCCAACUAUUUAGAAAUAUAUCCAUAAAAAUCAAUGUGAUUUGAAAUUUGGUUAUGUGGUGUUUGAAUAUUUUGGGUUGAUAGUGUGUGACAUGCUGUUAAAAUGGUCGAAAUGCGAAUUCUCCGAAACGACUGAGAGACAAAUCGAAUUGGGGAAGAUGGUCAACAGUAAUUUGCCCGAGAAUCGUGAAAUUGAAAAGGAAUGCAACAGUGGCAACGAUGAUAAUGGCAAUGGAAAUACACUGAGUGGCUGCAGUUCAAAUGACGAUGUCAAUCCGUACAAAAGUUAUGCAAGGCGACGUAAAUGUAAUGAAAACGUGCAAAUUUGUGAGAAACAGAAGAAACGCGAAUCAUAUCAACGGAUUUCGAUAAUUCUGCGAAAAGGUGAGGAAACACGAACAAUCGAUGAAUUGAAGCAGCUCGAAGACAAUGCGGAUAUUGUGCGUCAGAUUAACAAGCGUCGAGAGCAUAUUGCUAAUACUCGUGAACGCAUUCUUGAGAAAGAAGAUCCGCCCGAGGUGAUUGAGGAAAAAGCGAGGAAAUUAGCGAAUGUUCUGUCAAGAGCGCAGCAUUUGGUGUGUUACACGGGUGCUGGCAUCAGUACCUCAGCCCGGAUCCCCGAUUACCGUGGCAGUCAAGGAAUAUGGACACUAUUACAACAGGGAAAAGAGAUCGGACAGUACGAUUUAUCACUGGCCGAUCCAACAUUCACACACAUGUCAUUAUUUGAACUCCAUCGACGUAACAUUCUACGCUAUACAUUGUCACAAAACUGUGAUGGAUUGCACUUGCGCUCCGGUCUACCACGAAAAUUAAUAUCCGAAAUUCACGGCAAUAUGUACAUCGAAGUGUGUAAAUAUUGCAAGCCAAAUAUUGAGUAUUGGCGUCUAUUCGAUACAACCGAACGCACAGCCCGAUACAAUCACAAAACAAAUAGACGGUGCCAUUUUUGCUUCAAACCACUCAUCGAUACGAUUGUACAUUUCGGUGAACGCGGUCGUUUGAAGUGGCCAUUGAAUUGGGAGAGUGCGUGUAAAAAUGCAGAGAAAGCUGAUGUGAUUCUAUGCAUGGGCUCAAGUUUGAAGGUUCUCAAAAAGUAUACAUGGCUCUGGCAAAUGGAUCGACCGAAAAGUAAACGGCCGAAAAUUUACAUUGUAAAUUUGCAAUGGACACCGAAAGACAAAGGUGCUUCACUGAAAAUCAACGGAAAAUGUGAUGAAGUCAUGAAAUUGGUCAUGAAUUAUAUGAAUAUCAAAGUGGCACCAUACAAUCGAAUGAAAGAUCCGAUUUUCACACACGCCAGCCUGUUGCUGCCCGAAGAAGUACACACCGUUUCACAGCCGAUGCUAAAACAUGCCGACAAUGCGGAGGCAAAGAAGGAAAUUAAAGAGGAAAUGGAUGAAGAGUCAACAAUGAAACAGAGUGAUUUGAAUAAUGAUGUGAACAAAGUCAAAGCUGAAACUGAAAACCCCACACAAACACCAGAUGACAUUGAAACGAAAAAUACUAAAAACAAUUCAACUGCAGUUACUAACAACGAAAUAAUAAAUGAUAAGUCUGAAAGUUGCCAAGUAAAUGAAGCGGAUGUAAAAUCAACGGAGAUUGAAGCAAGUUUAGGAGAUAAAGAGCAAAAAGACUGUUCAAGCACUAGGAAUGAUGAUGAUUUAAAAUUACCUCAUAUCAAACAUACCGCCAAAAACCACUCGCAACGUCAUGAGAUCUCAUUCCAACCGCAUGACACACACAAAACAAUUAACACUGACAAAAGCACGGAAUUGAAGCAAAGCAAAGGUAAAAUGAUGGCGAACCACAAGAGCUUGAUGAAAAUUGGCACAAUGCCAACCAUCAAAACCGAACUAUCAUUUGAAUUGAGCAACGGCGAUGAAAAGCAAGAUGAAGGUUACCUAAAAUCCCUAAUCAACUACUAUCAUGCGAUUGAAGGCGUGGUACCGAAUUGGUAUGAUGUGAAUUACGCCUACUCGGGUUUACACAGUAUUAUAAAUCCACCGCCGAACGAAGUCGAUAUCUGGAGCACAAUCAUCAUCCCAAUCCAUCAACUGAAUCGUAAUUUAGCUGAAUGUGAAUUCUGCUUUGAGAAUUAUGCAGAAGAUAAAUGCCAAUUUUACAAGCCACAGCUCGAAUUUCAUGUGUCGGUAGCGCGACGCCGUAAUGGCAAUCGGAUCCUGUGCGAUUGUUGUGAUUACGAUGGCUUUGACAACGAUGAGGAGCAAACAUCGUUGGAUGAAAUUGAUGGCAGCGAAGAGCCGAAAACCAAUUCCGAAGAAGAUGACACUGAUUCAAGCCGCUGCAAACGACUCAAGGUCGAUACUUCGGUGACGGCAAAGGUAACCACACAGCGAAUCGUACAACCCGGCUGGUAUGGAAAAGGCUAUCGCAAAACCACAAAACGCAAGAAAACACGACGCAUUCAGCUACGAUAAAUUCUAUAGAUUUUAAGACUUCUUUUCUUUUGCUUAUUCAAUCCGAUGUGUUCUGGCAACAAAUUGUUUUUUCUGUAUUUUGACUACGGUGUUUAAAUCGUAUUAUUUUUGGUGUAAGAUUUUUUUGAGGAUUUUUCUGUAUUUUUUUGUUCGAAAUUAUUUGCAAAGCUGUUUGAAAACAAAUUGGUUCGAUUUAAAUUUGUCGUAUUUCUCUGAUGGUAUACACCAUUUUGAUAUAUAUAUCGGGAUAAUUACUUUUAAUCUCAAGAGGUUUUAUUUUGUAUUGAACGUAGACAGUAAGAUUAAUUCGACAAUUCAAAUAAAAUGCAUUUCAAUUCUUUCGUAAA